CUGCUGUUGCCGCUACUGCAUCGCAAUUAGGCGAAGCGCUAUAGGACCCCGCGGACCGCCCUCUCUAGAUGACAGUGAACAACAAGUUGAGUUUAGUUUUGGGCCACUCUGCGUGUACGAGUUGAAUUGACAGGGCUAUAUUGACUCUACGUCGAACUUUACCAUAUAUAUAUAUUACAUAUAUAUGUAUAAAUCUUAGUCGUACCGCAAAAGGAAUUCUUUUUCUGGAGGGAUUUAUUUUUUCGAGAGUGUCAGCGUGCGCAACAGAAGAUUAAUGCUACAGGGGCUGCUUAAACAAGACAUUGGAAAGACGCGCAGGAGACAAUGAGCCAUGUGAAACUGUGAAGUAUGUUGCUAUGGUGGCGUGGGUUAAGAUGUGGAGUCCUCUCUUGGCCACCAGUUGUUGCUGCUCUCAGAAUGGCUCGCGAAGACGCAGUGAGGUGCCUGCGCUGCCUGCUCUACGCUCUCAAUUUACUCUUCUGGGUAAGAAGCAGAGACCCCGGAGCAGGUGGUCGGCUGGCUCAUGUCAAUAUGUGUCCUGGGGGUAGCUGCUUGGAUCAGGGACUACUUGAAUAUUGUGCUCACUUUGACAGCCCACACCAGGCUUGAGGAGGCAGCAGUUCUCACUUAUUCCCCUGCUGUCCAUCCAGUCAUCAUCGCUGUGUGUUGUUUUCUAAUCAUCGUGGCUAUGGUGGGGUACUGCGGCACACUGAAAUGCAAUCUUCUCCUCCUGUCUUGGUACUUUGGCAGUCUGUUGGUGAUCUUCUGUGUGGAGUUAGCCAGUGGUGUCUGGACAUAUGAUGAGCCCUCCAUUCAGAGGUCAGAUAUGAUCAGUUUAAAGUCCAGGAUGCCCAACUAUGGUUUGCAGCGUUACCAAUGGCUCACAUAUGCCUGGAACACCUUUCAAACAGAGUUUAAAUGUUGUGGGGUGAUCUACUUCACCGACUGGCUAGAGAUGACAGAGAUGGAAUGGCCACCUGACUCCUGCUGCUCUAAUCAGUAUCCAGGUUGUGCUCGCCACGCCCACUACCGUGACCUCAGUGAUCUUCACCAAGAGGGUUGCGGACCAAAGAUCUACAGUUUCAUCCGCGGGACGAAGCAGCUGCAGGUGUUGCGUUUCCUGGGUGUUUCUAUAGGAGUGGCUCAGAUCCUGGCCAUGAUACUUACUCUCACCCUGCUUUGGGCCCUGUACUAUGACUGCAAGCCCCCCGAGCCCACCCCACCAGCGGACCGGCCACUGGGGAGUGACCCUUGUGGGGUAACUAUCACCCAUGGUCCCCAAGUGGAGGCUCAUAAACAGGGUACUACUCGCCAGGCUGAGGCUUGGUGCAAGUCUGUGACCAUGCCCAAUGGACACACUCAUUUUGAGAUGGAGAGGCUUUCCUAGCAGGAGGUACACUGUACACCCCUCUACCUGUCACUUCAACCCUCUCUCCAAUUGCAACAAUACUGAUAGAGGGAAACAUUUCUGUAACUUGUGAAUAUCCCUAAUUCCUCCUCUGCUCUUUUCCUGUGGGACAAACAUGAAAACGACUUCCUGGACUACGGGACCUUUUUCAGCAUAUUUUGUCACAGUCGGAAAUGGACAUUGCAACAGAAGCAAAAUAACUAUUUGGUAAUAUCACCACUAGCACAGAAUAUUUACCCCACAACAAAACUUGCUGUACAAUACAGCCUUAACCUAAUUGCUCUGUAAAAUAAUACAUUUCUGAUAUUUUUUCUGACUGGACAAAACCUGUUUAACAUUUAUUGGACAUGUCAACUCUUCACCUAAGUGAAAACAGACCACAGAAACCAAGGAAUUUAGUUCAUCAUGACAUUUGAAAAAAGCACAUUGUACAUCUUAAAGUUGCAUUGCAGGUAUAAAAUAUGUUUAAAAAUUUUUUUUUAUGGUAAUGCCCAUUUUGUGUAAAACUUGUUAAAGAUUAAUUGUCUAGAAUGUCUGCUGCGUUAGAUGGUUUGGAACUUUUGGCUUACUUUGAGAUGUCACAUUAUAAUAGAGUUACCCUCCGUUCAUUGUAAGAGGGUGGGCUCUAGACCAUCUUAUAAGUCAUUUAGGGCUGUGUUUGUAAAUAAAAAAUGUAUAAUUUGUUUCCUAACAUAUCAUCAGACUCUAGGGCCAAAAUAAGCUCAUGGAAAACAAUAAUUCAAAGCAAAAAUAUUAUUAAUUGAUGUCAUUAAUUAAAUGCAAAUACAAGACAUAUUGUGCUAAGUAAAAUUUGAAAUGACAUAAUUACUUUAAUUAAACAGACAAUAACCACUUAAUAUGAAUGAUAGCUUGUGCGCAAGUUUAUUAUUGGCGCAUAAUAUAAAUGGAUCUUGAUAUUGGCUAUUUAUUUCAGGCUCUGUUAGAAUAAUGAAUAUGUGGUGAGCAAUUUGUGUGUUUCAUAAAUUCAGCGGAAUUGAGAAAUGUGAUGUGUGUUUGUCAUAAAAUCGUAACAUAACCACGUUUUUUUUUUCUGUAAUAGAGCUGGGACAAUAAAGUGAAACCGACCACACAACCAUUUACGGCAUUUAUUCGAUGUUAUUGUUCUUUAAAAAAUGUAGCCUGAACCAGAGUACUAAAUACAUGAAUUAAAAUACAUUUGCUAAUAUUGUUAAAGAGGAACAUUGCUGCCGAAAUCAAACUACAGGUAAUGGCUUAAAUAGUAAUCAAUGUGGUUCACAUAAUUGCUAUUAAUAUAGUUAAUUGUUAUUACAUGAGUUCAGGGAAUGUAUUGAAAUAUAGAUUUAAAAUUGUAUACAUAUCAUCUAGUUAUUAUGGCAAAAAAAGUUUUUGGCAAAUGAUAUGAUAUCUCAUAAUCAUAACUUAUUUACUCAUACAGAACUCACUCAUCUAAUUCCAGCUCCAAGGGGGCAGUCCGCAGCGGGGCAUGCCUCGUUAUACUGUGGUAUACCGCGGCACGUUGCAGUGCCAUGUGGCAAGGGCAAAAACAUAAAAUAAAAAAUAAGAAUGGCCACCAGGGGGCAUUUGUGAGAACGUCGACACCUGCAUUAAACUGCUGUUAUUUAAAUAAUGUAGUUUUCACUGCAUUUAAUUCAAGCCUGUGUCUGUUUUUAUAUGGCCAGAAUAAAACAUUCAAAUCGGUGGAAUAUUGCCUACUACAAUCCUAUUCAUGGAUUGCUAUGUUGCUGUGUUUGAUUCCAUAAACUCCCAACUGUCAUGCAACCUCUGACAUUACUGAAUCUUAAUUUACAUGUUUUUUAUUACACUUCGCCAUGUUUAUUUAUUUUUUAUUUUAUUUACACAGGGAAAACCAUGUUGCAAUAAAAAAUGUAAUAAUUGUUUUAGUUUGCAGAGAUUAACUGUUAUUUCUGAGAAUUUAUAUUUAAUUGUAGCUCUACACACAUAAAUUUCUUCCUUUUCGUUAAUCAUAAUUGAUUAACAAACAAUGUCUCUAGGCAUCUCUGCACUGCCGUUUUGAUUGUCCCAAAUUAGAGGCAGCUGUCCCUGUUCCAGGGCCAGAGCCUUCUCCUGUCCCUGUGUUGCAUCCUGCUCCAGGGGCAGAACCUCCUGCUUUCCCGGCGCCGCAUCCUGCUUUCAGGGCGGAGCCGCAUCCUAAACCCUCCUCCAACCCCCCUUGGAUGUUCCAGUCUUGCGGUCGGGAGCCCGCGCAUUGGGGGUGUCUGUAUGGUCCUGGCUGGGGGCCUCUAGGCAUCUCUGUGAGUCUGUGGGAAACAGUCAGGACCUGAUCGCCUGGUGCCUCUAGGCAUCUCUAAGCUGCAGUUUUGGUUAUCCCCAAUUCGAGUCAGCUGUUGGGCGUUGCCUCUAAUUGGUGACCAUAUUUGAGUUGCUCUGUUUUAUCUUUUGUCUGUGGGUCAUUGUUUCUUGUGUUGGUGUUAUGUGCACCAGUUCUUGGUUGUGCCUCUCCUUUUGUUGUUUUCAGUUUCAUUACAAUUAAAAGGAUGUAUUUUUGCUCUGCUCCAUGUGUCCUGCCUGAUCUCAACCGUGUCAGUGAUUAUUUAAACUGAAAUGCAGUUAUUUGACUGGAAAUAUAGCUAUUGAUUUCUGCAAAAUAAAAACCUGAAGACUGCUUCUGUUUCUUUC